AUGGACGUGCACGUCGUCUACAACCAGCAUGCUGGGCAUCAUAAAGCGAAGAAACUAUUGGAUGCGGUAGUGCGUCCGCGUCUCGAGGCAUGGUGUCAUGCACAUCGUGAGACUCGCUGUAUGCUUCAUUUCCACGAGACUGAUGCUCAAACAGGCGCCAUUGGCACAGGCCGAGCAUUGACUCAGCAGGCUAUCGAUCGCGCUAGUGUCUAUGUUGUACUUGGAGGGGAUGGAACAGUCCAUGAGCUGCUGCAAGGCAUGUACCUGGAGCGCCGCGUCUUUCUUGCGGACCACGGUGUCUCCUUGGUGAUCGUGCCCGUGGGAACGGGCAAUGCACUCUAUCAUAGUCACUUUGGUCCCGAUAUAUCACCUUCAAGAGAUCCUACAUGGCGUCUGCGUUCGCUCGAGGCCUUCCUUCGCAGUGCCCCCGCAGGCCGUGCAUCGUGUGCGUUAACAGUCAUGCGAGCAAAUCCUGGCAGUCGACUUGCCUGUGUAGUCGUCUCGCACGCAUUGCAUACGGCAAUUCUUCGUGACUCAGAAGCACUUCGAUCGAACCAUCCUGGGCUAGAGCGCUUUCAAAUGGCAGCAGAGAAAAACGCAACGGUUUGGUGUGAUGCUGUACUUACGCUUCUUCCACAGGAACAGGCACCAGUCACCGUGUAUGAUCCAACGACACGCAUCUUCCGAGCAGUGAAUGAGAAACGAGUCAAUCAGUCUGAGAUGCGCAUGGCAGAAGAAGACGCCACACUGUCAUACGAGUGUAUGCCUGAUGGAAGGGUACGUCUUCGUGGCCCAUUUAUAUAUAUGAAUGCCAUGACAGUCGACAGGCUCGAGCCGACAUUUGUACCCGCACCAUUUGCGAGUGUGUAUGCGCCAGAGCCGCUUCGGCGCCCGAGUGAUGCGAUGGAUGUGGUUGUCAUGCGUCCGAUGCAACGCAGGCCAACAGGGUCCAGGUGUGUGUCCAGAGACGAGGAGGCUGUGGCCUAUGCUUCCGAUGUGCUGUACCCUGCCCUUUUUCAGGGAAUGUACAAACAAGGCAGACAUGUGGACAUGACUUAUACGGAUCAUCAUGAAGCGCACCACGUCCAUGAAGGAAAUAGGCCCUUUCGAGUCACCCACAGUCGGCCCGUUGUCGAGUACUUUCGUGCUGCUGGGUAUGAAUGGACACCUCUUCCUGGCGAUGAGCAGGCCCGCUCCAUGUGCGUGGACGGAACUGUGGUCAAUGUUGAUCAUGCGAAUGUCCAAGUACUGCGUAGUGCGCACGUCUACUUGUGGGGCUGA